GGCGGCGCGGGGCGGGCGCAGCGGGGGUCGGGGCGCUGGGAGCCCGUUGGGCCGUGAACGCAGCCGCCACGCCGGGGCCGCCGAGAUCGGGUGCCCGGGAUGAGCCUCAUCCGGAAAAAGGGCUUCUACAAGCAGGACGUCAACAAGACCGCCUGGGAGCUGCCCAAGACCUACGUGUCCCCGACGCACGUCGGCAGCGGGGCCUAUGGCGCCGUGUGCUCGGCCAUCGACAAGCGGUCAGGGGAGAAGGUGGCCAUCAAGAAGUUGAGCCGACCCUUUCAGUCCGAGAUCUUCGCCAAGCGCGCCUACCGGGAGCUGCUGCUGCUGAAGCACAUGCAGCAUGAGAACGUCAUUGGGCUCCUGGAUGUCUUCACCCCAGCCUCCUCCCUGCGCAACUUCCAUGACUUCUACCUGGUGAUGCCCUUCAUGCAGACGGAUCUGCAGAAGAUCAUGGGGAUGGAGUUCAGUGAGGAGAAAAUCCAGUACCUGGUGUAUCAGAUGCUCAAAGGCCUUAAGUACAUCCACUCGGCUGGGGUCGUGCACAGGGACCUGAAGCCAGGCAACCUGGCUGUGAAUGAGGACUGUGAACUGAAGAUUCUGGAUUUUGGGCUGGCGCGACAUGCAGAUGCCGAAAUGACUGGCUACGUGGUGACCCGCUGGUACCGAGCCCCCGAGGUGAUCCUCAGCUGGAUGCACUACAACCAGACGGUGGACAUCUGGUCUGUGGGCUGUAUCAUGGCAGAGAUGCUGACAGGGAAAACUCUGUUCAAGGGGAAAGAUUACCUGGACCAGCUGACCCAGAUCCUGAAAGUGACCGGGGUGCCUGGCACGGAGUUUGUGCAGAAGCUGAACGACAAAGCGGCCAAAUCGUACAUCCAGUCCCUGCCACAGACCCCCAGGAAGGAUUUCACUCAGCUCUUCCCACGGGCCAGCCCCCAGGCCGCAGACCUGCUGGAGAAGAUGCUGGAGCUAGACGUGGACAAGCGCUUGACGGCCGCACAGGCCCUCACCCAUCCCUUCUUUGAACCCUUCCGGGACCCUGAGGAAGAGACGGAGGCCCAGCAGCCGUUAGAUGAUUCCUUAGAACACGAGAAACUCACAGUGGAUGAAUGGAAGCAGCACAUCUACAAGGAGAUUGUGAACUUCAGCCCCAUUGCCCGGAAGGACUCGCGGCGCCGGAGUGGCAUGAAGCUGUAGGGACUCAUCUCGCAUGGCACUGCCGGCCAGACACUGCCCAAGGACCAGUAUUUAUUUGUCACUACUAAACUCAGCCCUUCUUGGAAUACAGCCUUUCAAGCAGAGGACAGAAGGGUCCUCCUUAUGUGGGAAAUGGGCCUAGUAGAUGCAGAAUUCAAAGAUGUCGGUUGGGAGAAACUAGCUUUGAUCCUAACGGGCCAUGUUAAACUGCCCAUCUGGAGAAUCGCCUGCAGGUGGGGCCCUUUCCUUCCCGCCAGAGUGGGGCUGAGUGGGCGCUGAGCCAGGCCGGGGGCCUAUGGCAGUGAUGCUGCCUUGGUUUCCUAGGGAUGCUCUAACGAAUUACCACAAACCUGGUGGAUUGAAACAGCAGAACUUGAUUCCCUCACAGUUCUGGAGGCUGGAAAUCUGGGAUGGAGGUGUUGGCAGGGCUGUUGUCCCUUUGAAGGCUCUGGGGAAGAAUCCCUCCUUGGCUCUUUUUAGCUUGUGGUGGCAGUGGGCAGUCCGUGGCAUUCCCCGGGUUAUUGCUGCAUCACUCCAGUCUCUGUCUCUUCUGUUCUCUCCUCUUUUAACAACAGUCAUUGGAUUUAGGGCCCACCCUAAUCCUGUAUGAUCUUAUCUUGAUCCUUAUUAAUUACACCUGCAAAUACUCUAUUUCCAAAUAAAGUCACAUUCUCAGGUUC